UGAGGCUGUUCUGUGGUGCGCUAAAUUUCAAUUCAAAAGAGAAGGCGGAUGAAGGCAGACAUGAGUGUGACUACCGGAGCCGUGCAGCGGACCGGCCGCCGAGAAGAAAAAAAGAAACUGGAGAUUUUUGUAGCCAGAAGAGCAGCUUCUCAGAAGCGGAGUGCGCCAGACAAGCAGCCGGAAAUCAGGUCCCCAUUAAUGGAAAGGUCCAACAGGGAUCUUCAAAAGAAGUCUGAGCAGGUCAAGCCCUUAAAGAAGAAAAUGGCUGAACCGGUAAAUAAAGAGAACAUUAGGCCAGCUGUGAACAAAGAUGGUAAAAGUGUGACUUUUACCCAGUCCUUCCUAAAAACAAAAAAUAUUAAAGAAAAGCAAAUUAAUGAGAAGGUAAAACCUGAGUCUACAAAAGACGAAGCAAAACUGCCAACUAAACCUGUUCUUGGUACUUAUCGGGGGAAAAUCGUCCAAUCUAAAAUUAAUUCUUUCCGUAAAAACCAUGAAAAUAAUAUUCCUGAGCCGAAGAAGACUGUGGCUGAAAGUCAAGAAAAGAGACCACAACCCUCUGCAUCUGCCCCUGCUAAGGCCAUGGUGAGACCAGCUGCCAAUAGCAUUAAAUCAAAGCGGCCUGUCAUCCCACCAGUCUCCUCGCAGAUAAGACCGUCCACAACUCUGACCAAGAGCAAGGCAGAGCUGGUGACUGUACGGAGAACCACACAAGUUCUGGUCCAACAGAAGCCAGUACAACAGAAGGUGCAGACUGUUAAACCUACAUUGAAAAAUGAGGCUGUGAAGAAAAACCCAAUGACUCAAAGUAAAAAAAGUUCAUCUGGACCUGCGAAAACCCUGCUAGAACCGCAGAAAAACAAGCCAGCCCUUCAGCUGCCAACAGCUAGCAAAUUCUCCAGACCCAAAGAGUCAGCUGAAGAACGGAAGGCACGUCUGGCAGAAUGGAGACAGUCCAAAGGGAAAAUGAUAAAAAGACCCUCUAUGGCCAUUGUCAUGCCUUCUAAAUGCAGCAUGCACAAAAAGGAGCCAGAAAUUAAAACCGAAUUGGAGGAACCAAAGGAGGAAACUCAACAGCUUUACUGGGACACCUUGAUGGAAGAGGAUGAGCGGGAGCGGUUUACUGUCAAAGUUCAGCAGAUGUUUGGAGACUGCCACAAGCUCAUAGAUGAGGGUUGUCCAAGGGAAAAAGUCCUGUCAAUACUUGACAAAAAGUUUGAAAAUAUUCCAGAAGCCAAGAAGCUUUCAGGAUACUGGGAAUGUCUUGCACGUCUUGAGAAACGGGAUGGGCAGCUCUCUAAAGUCAUUGCAAUCUGUCAGGAGGCUGUGUCUUCUGGUGCACAGCCCCUUGAAGAAAUUCAAGCCAUUCUUGCUGAUGCUUCGGAGCAGCUGAAGACAGACCAAGAGGAAAGUGUAAGAAAAGAAAAUGAGGAAGAUCUAAAAAGUGAAGAUCUUAAGACUGAAGUAAAAGAGCCUGUAGAAACCGCUGUAAAGGAGAAGAGAAGGAGAGCUAGGGGCAGAGCUGUGAAAAAUGAGCCAAAGAGCCCAUCCACCCCUGACAAGCCGUCCAAGUCAGAGUCCACACCAGGAAAUGGCGCUGUGGAAUCAUCGGUCAUAAGAUUCAACGUUUGCUCAACGCCACGUUUGGGAAAAAUGAUGAAUUUACAGAUGAAUGAAGGAGACUCCAGCGUCAAGAAUUAUACAUUUCUCACCCCUGUCAGACGCUCAAGCCGCCUGGAACGUAAAUCGCACAGAUUACCAGACAUGUUGAAGGACCAUGAUCCCUGCGUUUCUGGUAUUGUUCAGCUGGGAGAACUGGAAGAGACAGAGACCUUUUCCAAUCCCUACAUCAUCAGAAAAAACCGUGCACUUGAUGAAGUUACUGCAAAAAGUGCAACAAAAAAAGACUAACUCCUUUAUAACCCAUCUGCCUCUUUAGCAGAGAUCAUAGUCCGCACUUACACACUAAACUUUUUUUUUUUUUUUUUACAUAAUCUGCACUAAGUUGUCAUGUGGUGAUAUUUAUGUACCGGUGUAUCAAUUUUCUAAUAACAGUGGAGAAACGCUUGUGAUCAGUGGGUCAGAAAUGGUAUGGUGUCCCAGUGACAUGGCAUAUUUUGCCAGGCAUUCCUAAAUGUAAAAUUCCUCACAUAGUACAGAUUGUUAGGGUCUAUUCGCACGUCUGUAGUGUAUUGCGGAUCCGCAAUACACCCAGCCAGCACCCCCGUAAAACUGCCUAUUCUUGUCCACAAUUGCGGACAAGAAUAGAACAUGUUCUAUUUUAUCGGGAGCCGCGCUCCAGAAAAAAGGAUGCGGACAGCACACUGUGUGCUGUCCGCAUCUCUUCCGGCCCUAUAGAGAAUGAAUGGAUCUGGACCCAUUCUACGGACGUGUGAAUGGACCCUUAGAAUGAUUGCAUAUAUUCUGGAUGCUUACAGAGGUGGCAGCCAUCUUCAGCAUUUUCUUUGCUUUCUACCCAGGGGUAUCACUAGACCUUUAGUAAUUAACAGAUUGAACAUUAGGAUGAAAUGCAUUUGAAUUAUUUAUACUUUUUAAGGGGUUCUCCACAUUUAAGUGGAAAGUCAAUGGGGGGCAGCACUGCAGUGAAGAGCUCAGUCCAUGACAUAGCUGACUGCUUCUCGUGCCGGAGAUAUUGCCCAACAGCUGAUUGGCAGGGGUGCUGGGUGCCAGACCCCUGCAAAUCAGCUAGUAAUCACCUAUGUCAGCUUUGUAGUGGACUGAGCUCUUCACUGCAGUGCUGCCCCCCAUUGACUUUGAAAAGUUGACGGAGCUGACUGCUUCUGGUGCCGGAGCAGCGGUGCUGGGUAUCGAACACCUGCAGCUCAGCUAGUGAUGGCCUAUCCUGAUAAGUCAUCACUUAAAAGGUAGACCAAGCACCGCUAAAAGCAUCACUGAUGGGGUGUUAUGGCCCUAACUGAAUCCCUGAAUGAUGUUCUGCUCCUCAGGCCUUGCUGUACCCAUAGGAGAACUGGGGCAUGAUUGUGUACCUUUUAAGAACAUGCUCGUAAAGUACAGCUAGGCAGCAGCUUUGUUUUAAACUUUUAAUUUAUUAAAUCUUAGGUUUUACAGGAUUUUUUAUUUUAAAAUUAUCUCCUGGGGCCUGUGCACAUUUGAAAGCCGGUUUCAAAUGACCAUGCCUGGUCCUGGAAAAACUAUGGCUUAUCUGACCUGAAAUCACAGUUUGAAGUGUUUUCAUGCUGUGACUCCUAUAGGGCCCAACCAUGGAUCUGCUGUCCCUUUCGCAAAUGAUGCAGUGAGUUCUGGACAGCCAAACAAUGGUUGGUCCUGGAAAUGUGGCCAUCACACGGACAUCUCUGAAACUGGCCUGAUGCCUUGAAAAUUGAUGAAAGAUUACAACGAAACGAGUAACACUUUGAGCCUGUAGUAGGAGAGUGUGCAGUGAUGGCUAAUAAGUGUGUGGAAUAUUUCUGAGACCAGCCUAAAUUUUGGGUACAGCAUCCAAUAACGCUGCAAGUUUCAGGUGAUGGAACGGUUUGAGUUGUAUUUUGGCAUCUUACAGCUGCAAUGCCUUCCAUGGCUCUCCUGCACAAACUUUGUAAUUGCCAUAAGUCUGGUUCAGUAUAUUUGUAAGUGUUGUAGCUGUCUAAAAGCAGCCUAAGGGUACCAGCAUCCGGGUGCAGGUAAACGUGGAGAAGAUCUGCAUGAAUCUGUGCAUUUCCACUCCAAAAACCACAAUAUGUAUCUGUUUUCCACAGAUUUUACCCUCUGCUCAAUUGGUCAUGCUGUGGAUUUAUACAUGAGACUUGAUGGUACUGUAUUGUGCAGCAGUUUGUCCACGUGGGAAAAAAUACAUGCAAUCCACAUUGUGUGCAGGUAGCUAAGGCUGCUUUCAGACGAGCGGGUAGUACACUCCGGACUCGCAGCGUGAGUCAGGACGGGAGCUGUCUUUUAUACUCGUGCUCUGAGGGUGGUAUCACACACAGCUGUUGGAAGGGAAUGAGAUGUAAAGGAAGGUCUUCUCCUUCCUGCUGGGUCCACAUCUGGCUUUGGCUCACACUGCCACAAAAAGCAGUGUGAGACACCUCCCUAAGGCGGCGUCGUUCUCAUUGUGGAUAUAAUGAGCAAUUGUUGAAUCCAAUUUUUUGGUUUAGUUGGGGGGGGGGGCUUUUGAGAAAUGUGACAUUGCCACCUGAGUGAUUACAGCCAAUUAAGUGGUUUUCAGGACACACACAUUUUAGUGACAUGAAACUGGUCCACAAAAGGACUCCCUUGAAAUUGCUUAUAACCCUAUUGAUAGGCCUUGCAUCGCAAAUACUUGUCUAAUAAAGUUCUCUGCUGUUUUAUCUCUUGUAUCAUAACGAAGCUGUUUAUAUAAAAAGACAUUUCUUAUA